AUGGCCGCGGUGGCGGAAGCACCAACCCUGUGCCGCCUAAAUCUCUCGAAAAACAGAGAAAGUUUGUUUUUGUCCACCGUCGUUACAAAGAGAGAAGAGGCAAAUGUCCUCCACACUCAAGAUGGCAUCACUAUUGUUUUCCGUGGUUUCAUGAACACCUCUCGUUCAUCUCAAAAUGGCGUCCCUUUAGAGGUUUGUCAACACUUCCUGGUUGGAUUUCCGCAUGAUUGGAACAAGUAUGCACCUCAUAGUUAUGGUGACUCAAGUGCUUCUUCAGUUGAUAACAUGGAAUGUGAAAAUAGCAAUACAGCAGGUCUUAACAUGUGCAAUAGUGAAAAAGGAAUCUCAGUUCAAAGAGAAGGAAAUGGUGGAUACUUGAUUGGUACAGACCCUUCUGAAAAAGACACGGUGAAACCUCCAUCAUCCACCAAGAAAGUGAAACCUAUCAGACAAAAGAUAGUUUUGGAUGCCAGCAAUUCAUUUAGUAGGAUGGUUACGAGAAGCAUUUCCAAAAAAAUGUUGCACAAUGCCAAAAAAACAUGA